AUGGAGCCAAGACCGGACUCGACGACACCACGGGCAGUGGUGUACUUUGCGGCGACGCGGCCGCCGUUUUUGCUGGCGGCUGCGGUGCCGGUGGCGCUGGGCUUGGCAGCGGUGGCAGCCGACGGCGCGGCAGUGUAUGCGGUGCGGGCAUUGGCAACGGCGAUCGGAGCGGUACUCGCACUUGCGGGAGCAAACAUCCUCAACGAUUACUACGAUGCCGAGAGCGGGACGGAUGAGAUUAACACCGGGCGAAUCUUCCCGUUCACCGGCGGCUCGCGGUUCAUCCAGAACAAGGUCAUUGCCAAGGAGAACAUGCUGAAGUUCGGCCUGGCGCUGCUGGCGGCGACGGCUGCAAUCGGUCUGGCGCUGACGGCGGUGGCCGGGGUCGGACUGGUGGGCAUCGGCGUGCUGGGCCUUGUUAUUGCAUGGGGCUACACGGCGCCGCCGCUCAAUCUGGCGGCACGCGGGCUCGGCGAGGCUGCGGUGGCGGCCUCGUUCGGCCUCCUCAUCCCGGUCGGUACCUACUAUGCACAGACGUCGGGAUGGAGCACGAGCCCGCUAGUGAUCGGCACGCCGUAUGCGCUCCUCGUCUCGAACUUGCUGGUCAUCAACAUGUUUCCUGACGCCAAGGCCGACGCCGCUGUGGGCAAGCGGACGUCUGUGGUGCGGCUUGGCCCCGCGCGGGCCUCGUACCUCUACGUCGGCUCGACCUCUGCUGCGCUGUGCUGGCUCUGGGCCACGAUGCCGGAGGAGAUGGGCGCAACCGGACAGAUGCUAGCCGGCCUCCCGCUCGCCCUCUCCCUCCGCGCCGGACUCGACGUCGUUGCCUUUGCCGAUGAGCCGUCCAAGCUCGCGCGGGCCAUCCCGCUCACCAUCGCCGCUGCACUUCUCCACGGCACGCUGUAUGCCGUUGCGCUUGUGUGGUUUUGA